UUCAAACAGUCACAAUUUAAGCAUGAUUUAGGUUCAGCUCAGAUUUAUAUUCACCGUGUCAGGUUAGCAUUUACGUAUAUGAAAAUUGGCAUGAAAAACACCAAGUUGAAUAUUGUUUUUCAGCACAACCAGGAUAAUACUAAUGCUGAGUACACUAACACAAAACAAGAGCGGGUUAGCGAGGAAUUGCAGUCUUUUACAUCUGCUAAUCCUGGUUUAAAGGACUGUGGUGAUGGCAAACACAAUGACAAAACAUUGAUUAAUAACCUACAUAUUAACCUUUCGGGAAAUGGGAAUGGAUCAGUUCUCAUUAGCGUCUACAACUACAAUCUCAGCAUGAAUUAUCCUCCUACUACCUAUGGAACACCUGUCCUUUCCUAUUAUCCUCCAUUGAGGCCUCCUUCUGCAUUUGGUAACAAAAGGGAUGUGUUAUUUGGAAUCAGUUAUGCUGACACAGCGACUCCGAGGAAGCUUAAAGGUUCUGUGAACAAGGCUAAACUCAUGAAACAAUUUUUGAUUGACAAGUUGGGAUUUCCUAGCAAUUCCAUAUACAUGCUCACUGAUGAUUCAGAGGAGAAAAACACAACCCCAACAAAAAGUAACAUGCGAAUGGCUAUGAGGUGGUUAGUUGAGGGCAGCAAACCAGGGGACUCGUUGGUGUUUUACUUCUAUGGACAUGGAUCAUGGGUUAAAGACCAUAACGUGGAUGGGUUGAUGGGUGUGAUGAUAUACUAUGUACCAAGACAUCAAGCAAUAACCACUAGACAAAAAAAGAAAGAGCAAAGAUUAAGAAGUGGAACCUUGUCAGCACAUCAGUCAUUUCACCUCUUUAAUAGUUUCCACAUUUUUACAAUAUGUUAUGUCCUCUUCAUAAGCUCUAAAAUACACACAUAAAAUCAGAUAAAGGAACGAAUAAUAGCAUAAAAUAUCAAUAACACGGAAAAAAAAUCAGUAUUUCAAGGAUGUUAACUUGAAAUCAAGUAGGAACUAGAUGAAAAAAUUUGCAUCAUGACUGGCACCUUAGACAUCCA